AAGUUCAUAGACAGACCGAAUGAGAAUGGAGGAAGAAACUGACAAAACAGCCCCACACCCCAAAGGGUUGAAGGUGUGAGUGCAGCAGGUUUACAUUCUGCAGAUUCCUCAGCGUUCUGAUAAACUACAUAAAGACACUUUGAGCAGUGACAGUCAUCAGCUGCUGCAUCCUCUGUUUCAGUCAACACCUCAGCAAAGAUGGCAUCAGGAUUUCAUUUUGCUCUGUUGCUCUGUGUGACCAGCGGACUGCUGUCUGCAGCUUCUUGUUGUGAAGAAGACAAAAAGAAGGAUUGCCCAGCUUCCUGCCCUGACGGCUGGACUCGGUUCGGCUCUCGCUGCUUCAUGUUCCACUUCACUCCGAAGACCUGGAUUGAAGCAGAGAAAACAUGCCUGUCCUUCAGUGGGAAUCUGGCUUCGGUCCACAGUGUUGAGGAUCAUACCUUCCUCAAAGAGCACAUUCGCAGAGUUGCUGGUGCCAACAGACUUACCUUGAUUGGAGGCUUUGAUGCUGUGAAGGAGGGCGUGUGGCAGUGGUCUGAUGGAACCCCAUUCGACUACACACGCUGGUCUCCAGGGCAACCGGACAAUUAUGGCAAUAACGAGCACUGUUCCCAUAUGAACUGGAAUGACAACUUCUGGAACGAUCUGUCUUGUACCUAUAAAGCAUCUUUCGUGUGCUCCAAAAGUCUGUGA